CUUCCUGUUUAUAAUAGGUAAUGUAAAUUUUCGUUACUUCUUUAUAUAUUUAUAUAUAAAUCAAGAUUUACUUCCGCAUUUAACAAUUUGAGAAAUUGCACUUUGUACAGAAAAAAAAAAAAAAAUCAACAAAGGGAAAAGCUGCUUGGAAAGGAUGUUAUGUUAGAAGGGCAGAGAUGAGUGAUGAGAGAAAAAUUUCUGUGCUGGUUGUGGAUGAUGACCCUGUAAUUCAAAAAAUCCACAAAAUGAUGUUAAAAAAAUGCAAGAUAUUUGAAACCCAAGUUGCUGAAAACGGGAAGCAAGCUAUUGAUCUUCAUCGUUGUGGGGCUAUUUUCGAUCUCAUUCUUAUGGACAUGGAAAUGCCUAUCAUGAAUGGUAUUCAGGCAACAAAGGAACUACGAGCAAUGGGUGUUGAUAGUAUGAUUGUGGGAGUGACUUCUCGUGGAUCAGACUCUGAAAAACAAGCCUUCAUUGGAGCAGGUCUCAAUGACUGCUUUGCCAAGCCUCUAACCAUUCAAAUCAUUUCCUCUUUCCUUCAUCUCAUCAAAAGAAGCUAA